AUGGCUACGAUCGAUCGCAGUGCGCGUGACUAUGGCCAAGAUAGCAGUAGCCACCAAAACCAAGCAAAUACUUGUAUUGAUUCAUUCAAAAAUUACAUCUACCAUUCACUAAGCCCUUGGGAUGCAGCAGUGAAAAGCCAGAUGGGUGUCUUUUUUGUCGUGCAGCUCACAUUCCAGGAGGAGGAAAUAAACAACCAUUCAAAUAAUUCCCAUUAUUACUCCUUUGAGGUAAGAGAAGAAAACCGGGGCUGGGCACCAGGAGGUGCCAACAAGAAACAGAAGGAAAGAGAAGGUUCCGGCAAGCCGCCCAAGGGCCUAUGGAAUUUUUCACUACAGAGUGUCCAGGGAACAGUAAUCAGCAGCAGCCCCCAAAUGAGAGAGAUGGUGGCACUAAUGGCCAGACCACAGCUGCCACCAGCAAGCCUUCCUUCCUUGGCACUCACAGUGCCAAGUGUCCCCACAAGCGUCACCAUCAUCAAAACCAUGGCUCUGACACCUGGCACCGGCCCCGCCACUCUCUGGGCUACUGAAGUGGCCUCUUCACCAGUCGUGGUAAGCAACCCAGCCACUCAAACACCUGCAGCUGCCCAGGUGAGGAUGUCCAUCUCUUCUGCUGUCCACACGUCCACCCAUCCUGUCAUUUAGGUGCACACAUCAGGGACUAUGAUAAUGGCCCGGCAAAGCCAGGUAGCGACCACGCUGGUGGGUGGGGUCAUCAAGGCCACCGCCCUGGUGAAAAGCCCCAUCUCUAUCCCGGGAGGCGGCGCUCUGACUUGCAAUCUGGGCAAAGUGACGUUGGUAGCCCGGAUCAAAGGGUCCCUGUCAGCUGGGACCGUCCUAAAGCUGGGGACCUCGGCAGAUGGCAAGCCCACCACUGUCAUCCGUGCCAUGCAAGCCGGUGGGACUGGGACUAAGCCCAUCAUCCUGGCCAUUCCGGCAGGCCAAGCCCAACACGGCACCAUCAUCGAGACCAUCCCCAUACCAGCCACAGGCAGGACCAGCAGUCUUGACAUCAAGUCCCUUUUCACCACCAUCAUCACCAAGGUGAUGACUUCAGGAAUGGGAGCACCCACCGAAAUCACUGCUGCUGUUCAAAAUGCCACUGGCCAUGAGAAGCACGUAGUGACCCAGGUGGUGCUAAAGAGGGUCCCUGGACAGCCAGGCAGGCACUAUCUUCUGCUCCGCCCGUUGAGGGGUGUUCACCUGGUCACGACUGUCACCAUCUCCACCAUCAAGCCAGCUGUCACCGUGUUGAUCAUGAAAAGCAUCCCAGAUGUCACAACCCUCAGCAGAGGGACAGGCAGCAUUCCCACCAGCCUUGCAGAGCUGCGGGCCACCGCACCGGAGCCUCCCUGGCCCAUCACUACCUUGGGCACCAUUGCCAUCCCUUCAAGCCAGAUGAUCAGCCCCACUGCUGUCACCUUGCUGGUUGCACAGACCACGGUGAUGAGGCUUGGUGGGCGCACCAUUGCCACCAUCACCAUGCAGCCUAUCUCCCAGCCUACCCAGGUGCCUCCAAUCACAGUGCAGGGAGGUCAAGUCCAGCCUGCGCAUGACCUUCCUGUGUCCGCUCUAGCCUCGCCUACGACACAACAGCCCAUGGCCGGUCACCACGGCUGA